AUGGUUGCGCCAACUGCUGUUAAGAGACAAGAAGAAGCUACUGCUGGUCCCAGCCGAAUUCUUGGUGAUGGGGCACCAACGGCUAUGAUUGAUGAGGAUGAUGAUGAAAUUUUGAUUGACCAAGAUAUGGAGGAAGAAGCACCAAAGAAGAGCAAGAAAGAGGCAGCUGGUGUUGUUUUGGAUGAAUCUGGAAAGCCAAGGUUUGGCGCAGCUAAGGACCAGGCCACGACUAAGGUUAAACUGGAGUCCAGAAAAGUGCCUGUGCCACCACACAGAAUGACGCCAUUGCGGAACAGUUGGAACAAGAUAUACCCUCCUCUUGUGGAUCACUUGAAAUUGCAAGUUCGUAUGAAUUUGAAGACCAGAACUGUUGAGUUACGUACUCACCCAAAGCAUACAACAGACCCUGGUGCUCUACAGAAAGGUGCUGAUUUCAUCAAGGCCUUCACACUGGGUUUUGAUCUGGAUGAUUCUAUCGCACUACUAAGGUUGGACGAUCUGUAUAUUGAAACUUUUGAAGUUAAGGACGUGAAGACACUUACCGGUGACCAUUUGUCGAGAGCCAUCGGCCGUAUUGCAGGUAAAGAUGGUAAGACUAAGUUCGCCAUUGAGAAUGCCACCAGAACUAGAAUCGUGCUAGCAGAUUCCAAAAUACAUAUCCUGGGUGGGUUCACACAUAUCAGAAUGGCAAGAGAAGCCGUUGUUAGCUUGAUCUUGGGUUCUCCACCAGGUAAAGUCUACGGUAACCUACGUACUGUUGCUUCAAGAUUAAAAGAACGUUACUAA